ACAGUCACAGACUCUGACUUGACUUAAGUUGGUCAGAAGGCAGACGGAGUGCCAAAAUAACAUUUUUUUUGUGUAUUAAUGCGAAUUCUUAUCAUUUUAGCUUAGUCCUCAACCUGACUUAGACUCGAAAGCUCUGUUAACCCAACAACGUGCUGACGAACAUGUAAUACACAGGAUCGAUUGAAGUUAACCACAGCGGAAUAUGAGCUGCAUUGCAAGAGUAGUGUUAUUGUUUAUGUGAUCCAAAAAUGAUUCCUUCAAAUACGAUUUGCGUGUCGCAGGAGGGCCCGGCGAACGCGCUGGCUCUUAAUAAAGAUGCGUCUCAAGUGGUCAUAGCUGGAAGAAACGUGUUCAAAGUGUUUGCUAUUGGGGAGACGGAGUUCACAGAGGUAUGCAACCUGCGGGUCGGCAAGAAUCUGAACCUCAACUUCUCUUCUAUUGAUGUUGCUUGGAACUCUAUUGAGGAAAACACCAUAGCCACCGCUGCUACCAAUGGUGCGGUAGUGGUUUGGAACCUUGGGCGCUCCGGGCGCUCCAAACAGGAGCAUGUGUUCUCUGACCAUAAGAGGACCGUUAAUAAGGUGAGCUUUCACUUGACGGACCCGGUACUGUUGAUUUCCGGCUCUCAGGAUGGCACCAUGAAGUGCUUCGAUUUGCGGAUGAAAGAAGUAGCAAGAACGUUCAUCAGCAAUACAGAAUCCAUCCGAGACGUCCAAUUCAGUCCACACCAGGCACAUACAUUCGCCGCCGUGUCCGAGAACGGCUCCGUCCAGUUAUGGGACGUGCGGCGCUCCGAGCGCUGCGUGGUGCAGUUCACCGCGCACUCGGGGCCGGUGUUCGCCUGCGACUGGCACCCGACUGCCCCUGCUUUAGCCACGGCAUCGAGGGACAAGACCAUCAAGGUGUGGGACAUUCACGCGAAGCCUACAUUAGAGCACACGAUAUACACCAUCGCGUCCGUCGGGCAUGUCAAGUGGCGCCCUCAUCGCAAACACCACGUAGCAUCCUGCGCCCUAGUGCUAGAUUGCGCCGUCCACGUGUGGGACGUACGUCGCCCCCACGUUCCCCUCGCCACGUUCGCGGAGCACAGGGACGUGGCCACGGCCGUCGCCUGGCUGCCGACGUUAGACGCGUUCCUGUCCACCAGCCGAGACUGUUCUCUAUACCGCCACCGCUUCAACGAAGCAGCUCACCCGGUCCUCUGGGCCAACCCCCAGGGCGUCAGCAUCUCCGCGCGCGGCGAGCUGGCCUCCGCCGUGCCCGAGGCCCCGCUGCCCCCGCUGCCCACGGCGCCCCACCCCGACGAGAGGCACCUCCCCGGCUUGGGUCGCAAGCAGCCCCGCGCGGGCUCGCUGACGGCGGCCGCGCAGGCCGCGCUGGAGCGCGCCUUCCCCGACGGCGCCGCCUCCGUGCUGCGCCGCGCGCGCGCCCCCGCCGCGCCCCUCGUGGCCUGCGCCGCGCACUACCGGCUGCACGGCGCGCCGCCGCACGAGCUGGCCGCGCACAACGCCCGGGUGGCGCGCGCUAACCACCGCCACAUGGUGAGUGCCAGCUGGCAGCGCCGCGCCCCUCGUGGCCUGCGCCGCGCACUACCGGCUGCACGGCGCGCCGCCGCACGAGCUGGCCGCGCACAACCUGGCAGCGCCGCGCCCCUCGUGGCCUGCGCCGCGCACUACCGGCUGCACGGCGCGCCGCCGCACGAGCUGGCCGCGCACAACGCCCGGGUGGCGCGCGCUAACCACCGCCACAUGGUGAGUGCCAGCUGGCAGCGCCGCGCCCCUCGUGGCCUGCGCCGCGCACUACCGGCUGCACGCGCCGCGCCCCUCGUGGCCUGCGCCGCGCACUACCGGCUGCACGGCGCGCCGCCGCACGAGCUGGCCGCGCACAACGCCCGGGUGGCGCGCGCUAACCACCGCCACAUGGUGAGUGCCAGCUGGCAGCGCCGCGCCCCUCGUGGCCUGCGCCGCGCACUACCGGCUGCACGCGCCGCGCCCCUCGUGGCCUGCGCCGCGCACUACCGGCUGCACGGCGCGCCGCCGCACGAGCUGGCCGCGCACAACGCCCGGGUGGCGCGCGCUAACCACCGCCACAUGGUGAGUGCCAGCUGGCAGCGCCGCGCCCCUCGUGGCCUGCGCCGCGCACUACCGGCUGCACGCGCCGCGCCCCUCGUGGCCUGCGCCGCGCACUACCGGCUGCACGGCGCGCCGCCGCACGAGCUGGCCGCGCACAACGCCCGGGUGGCGCGCGCUAACCACCGCCACAUGGUGAGUGCCAGCUGGCAGCGCCGCGCCCCUCGUGGCCUGCGCCGCGCACUACCGGCUGCACGCGCCGCGCCCCUCGUGGCCUGCGCCGCGCACUACCGGCUGCACGGCGCGCCGCCGCACGAGCUGGCCGCGCACAACGCCCGGGUGGCGCGCGCUAACCACCGCCACAUGGUGAGUGCCAGCUGGCAGCGCCGCGCCCCUCGUGGCCUGCGCCGCGCACUACCGGCUGCACGCGCCGCGCCCCUCGUGGCCUGCGCCGCGCACUACCGGCUGCACGGCGCGCCGCCGCACGAGCUGGCCGCGCACAACGCCCGGGUGGCGCGCGCUAACCACCGCCACAUGGUGAGUGCCAGCUGGCAGCGCCGCGCCCCUCGUGGCCUGCGCCGCGCACUACCGGCUGCACGGCGCGCCGCCGCACGAGCUGGCCUGCCAGCUGGCAGCGCCGCGCCCCUCGUGGCCUGCGCCGCGCACUACCGGCUGCACGGCGCGCCGCCGCACGAGCUGGCCGCGCACAACGCCCGGGUGGCGCGCGCUAACCACCGCCACAUGGUGGGUCACGUGUGGGACGUGGUGUGCUGCGUGUACAGCUCGCGCGCGGCCGAGGCGCGGCGCGCGCCCGCCCCGCCGCCGCCCGCGCCGCCGCCCCGCGCGCCGCCCCCCGCGCUGCCGCCCUACAGUGCCGUGGAGGAGGAACCGAUGGAGGAAGUAGAAGAAUGGGCAGAGAACCAGUUCCACAACAGCGGAGUCUUAGGGCUUCCCACGCACAGCAUCUACGUGCCGCCCUCUCGACUCCUGCGCCGAGACGAUGAAACAGCGGGUUGGGUGUCAGCCGCAUCAGCGCACUACGUGGACGUGGAGGCGGCCAACUGGACGCUCCCGGAGGAGGCCUUCCCGCUGCGCGCGCCCGCGCACGCCGUCACCCCGCCGCCCGCCGACGACCACGCGGGUGAGCGAGACACACCGUACACAGCGCGCGGGUGCGAGCGAGACCCUACAAAACUGGACGCUCCCGAAGGAAGCCUUCCCACUGCGCGCGCCGUCACCCCGCCGCCCGCCGACGACCACGCGGGUACCAUGGCGGGCGGAGCGUCGCCGGGCGGCAGCACGUCCACGGGCUCGGGGCCGGCCGCGGAGCACCCCUACAGCCAACAGACCUCCGUCCCGCUCGAAGACACGUCGAACUCCGGCUCCGGGUCGGAGGGCGAGUUGUCCGUGCGGGCGGAGCCCCUCGUGUCGCGGCUGGACACGGCGCCGCUGCUGGCCGCCGCGCUGAAGGCGCACGCGGCGCUCGGCGACGUGCAGACCGCCGCCACCGUGUGUCUCGCUCUGCAGGAGCACAGGGCGGGAGCGGAGCCCCUCGUGUCGCGGCUGGACACGGCGCCGCUGCUGGCCGCCGCGCUGAAGGCGCACGCGGCGCUCGGCGACGUGCAGACCGCCGCCACCGUGGCGGGAGCGGAGCCCCUCGUGUCGCGGCUGGACACGGCGCCGCUGCUGGACACGGCGCCGCUGCUGGCCGCCGCGCUGAAGGCGCACGCGGCGCUCGGCGACGUGCAGACCGCCGCCACCGUGUGUCUCGCUCUGCAGGAGCACAGGGCGGGAGCGGAGCCCCUCGUGUCGCGGCUGGACACGGCGCCGCUGCUGGCCGCCGCGCUGAAGGCGCACGCGGCGCUCGGCGACGUGCAGACCGCCGCCACCGUGUGUCUCGCUCUGCAGGAGCACAGGGCGGGAGCGGAGCCCCUCGUGUCGCGGCUGGACACGGCGCCGCUGCUGGCCGCCGCGCUGAAGGCGCACGCGGCGCUCGGCGACGUGCAGACCGCCGCCACCGUGUGUCUCGCUCUGCAGGAGCACAGGGCGGGAGCGGAGCCCCUCGUGUCGCGGCUGGACACGGCGCCGCUGCUGGCCGCCGCGCUGAAGGCGCACGCGGCGCUCGGCGACGUGCAGACCGCCGCCACCGGCGGGAGCGGAGCCCCUCGUGUCGCGGCUGGACACGGCGCCGCUGCUGGCCGCCGCGCUGAAGGCGCACGCGGCGCUCGGCGACGUGCAGACCGCCGCCACCGUGUGUCUCGCUCUGCAGGAGCACAGGUGUGUGUAGACAGGUGUAGGGCGGGAGCGGAGCCCCUCGUGUCGCGGCUGGACACGGCGCCGCUGCUGGCCGCCGCGCUGAAGGCGCACGCGGCGCUCGGCGACGUGCAGACCGCCGCCACCGUGUGUCUCGCCCUGCAGGAGCACAGGUCGGACCUAUUCCCGUACAUCGACGAGGCGCUCCAAGAGCAGUGGCUGCUGGGUUACAUCGAGUUACUACAUAGGCAUAAACUGUGGAAUGUCGCCACUGAGGUGAUCCGCUGCGCGUGGCUAGGCUCCGUUCGUGCACUGUCCCAACAGUCCACCAGUAUAGCGGCGUGCUGCGGCCGCUGCGCGCGCCGCACGCGCCCGCACCAGCCCUGCGACCGCUGCCACGCGAGGGGCAAGGCCAGGUCCGCACCCGACCUGUGUGCUGUGUGCCACCAGGUGGUCCGCGGACUAUACGCAUGGUGCCAGGGCUGCGCCCACGGCGGCCACCUGGCGCACAUGCGGCGCUGGAUGGACGCGCACCGCCUGUGCCCCGCCGGCUGCGGCCACCAGUGCCAGCUGGGCUGAACUGUUCUACAAUGCCAUGGGAAUUCAACAUUCACUGUUCUCAGCGAUAUUUCUGCUCAGAACAAAGAGGCCAAUUUGAACUUACAUUUUGAUAUCAAAAUGAUGUCACUUUAUUAUUAACGCUCGUAUUUGUUCGUUCAUGUAUUGACGAGCGCGACGUGAAAUAUAGGGCGGAUUGGCCGCUAGGGCUCAUAUGUACUGCGUACAUUAAAACGGCAUGCUUAGAACUUUGUUGAUCAGAAACUGUCACACGCAUAAUAUCUAAACGUACGACAUAAAUAUCUAGUUCUUAGCUCGAAGUUUGUUUGGUGGUGUCUGGUUGUCUCAAUUCCAUUUUGUUGUUACUUAAAACGGCCAUUCUACAUUUUGUUGUUACAUACAUUUUUGACACUUUCGUGAAAUGCAUAUUAUACAAUACUUCGCCAUUACUUCCAUUUUAUGUUUUUGACAGAAAAAGAGGUUUAAUUAGGCUAUUAAUCCCGAUUACUUUAUUCAAUAAAUAAGUACGACAAAUAUUCUUAAUCACAGUAACUCAGUGGUCCUUGACUGUCUUCCGAUUCGUAUGAAAAUAAGACAUUUACUGCGAUACCACCUUUUUAUGUUAAUAAACAUUAAUAUAUGAAUUUUGGUCAACAAAUUCCUAUUAUUUGGUUCAGGUACAAUUUGGGACUACAAUCUUUAUCCACGAAUUCAAUUUCUAUCUUAAUUUUUCUGGCAAUGAGGUUUUUGUAAAAAAAUAUUGAAAACUCGAUUCUCGCAGAUAAUGAUGUUUUGGGUUCUUUCAACUCAAUCGCUAGCUCCUUUCAAUCUAUAAAAAUAUAUGAAAAUUGUAGUUUCCACUACGUCACGCACAUACAAGUGAACAAUUUUUCAUACUAAAUCGUGACGUAAUGGAAUUAACAUUUUGGGACAUCUUUUUUUAAUGGUAGGCAAUCCAUUGGGGCGUUUUCUAAAAGCAUUCCAAUGCAGUCGAUUCUGAGUAGAAGCAGCUCAAGAAUGUCCAGAUUUGUCAGAAUCUGGUUUUAAAAUUUCAUUUUAGAAUACGCCCCAAUGGAUUAAUGGUCAAAAGUAGAAUGACCCAUAAGCUUAUUAAUUAUUCGUCUAACUAGAUGCAUGCCAAGUCUCAUACUUUCUGCCAAACGGCACUAGAAGCCAAAAUAAAACACACGAUUGCUCACACACAAUAACUAAUCAUACCCACCACCGUCCCGGAGUCAUUUUUGCAGUAUCGAAUUUGGAACCUAGUACAAAAUUCAAUUUAAUUUUGUUCUUUUAAAAGGACAUUGGGACUUUAGUGGAUAAAAUCAGCAAUCUUGGUGCUGUUAUUAAGUAAUUUUACUUUAUUCCAUUAACUUUGUGGAGAAGUGGAAGCUUUCGUGUAUUAUUUAAUAAUAUCAAAGUUAAAUGGUGCUCAAAAAUGAACUCUAUCACUUUGGCAAUAUAGUUGUUUUCAGAUAGUGGACUAGUCACAUCCUAGUCUUGGUUUAUUAGUUGUAUUUUCUAUUUACGUGUAAAUAAUUAGCGGCAGUUAAUAGUAAAAAACCGUGAUUUCAUCAUUCAAUACAACAACACAUACAAUACAGUAUUGCUGCAAUGUUCUGCCGCCAAAGAGCAGCACUAUCACAUCACAUAAACCAUAGAGUAACUUAUACCUUAAACGGUUUUUUGAGAAGUGUUUACUGUGGCAUUGAUGCAUCAAAGCGGUUUGUUUACAGAGGUCUACCGCGAAAGUCGAAAUUUCGUUAUCUGGCCUCUUUAUCGCUCGAUUAUGCAAGAGUGAUAGCAAUGCCGGCUUUAGAGGUCUGGAAGCCUCGGGCAAUAAAGGAGUGGAGGCCCCCUGGCCCCAAAUUAUUUUCCAAAUAAAAUGGUAAAUUUUCUGAAGUCUAUUGUGGGGGCCCCUGUUUUGUGGAGGCCCCGGGGCUGUAGCCCCGGUUGCCCUCCCCUAAAUCCGGCCCUGAGUGAUAGAGAGGCAAAUAACGAAAUUUCGAUUUUCGUGUUUCGUGGUAAGCUCUUAGAAUGUGGUAGUGGCGCCCUCUACGCACAGUUUUACUUAAUAUCCCCUAUUUGUGUUAAAUAUUGUUAAAAUGAACCUGUAAAUAAGAUCACACCGCUGUUAUAAUAUAUAAAUAAAUAAGUAAGAAAAGACGUAAAUAAGUGUUUUACAUAUGUCAAUUAUUUGUACAUACUUUUAUAAAGGAAUAAAUAAAUCAUACGACAAUGUUCAUAAA